AGCGGAUCCCACCGGUCAAUGGGUGCGUAGUCAACACCAUCAGCAAGUUAGCUUUAGCGUCCCGGCCUAACCCUUUCACCGACCCAUCUCCAAAUCUCUACGCUCCCAACGCCACGCCGGCGAUUCCGGGCGUCUUCGUUUCCUCCGGCUCGCCACCAACCCACACAAACCCACGAUGUCACGAUACCAAUCGAACCGACGAGUCCAAAUCGACCUCGACCAGCUGGCUCGAUUCGACGACGAAGAAGGCAGCAUCAAACUCAGGCCGUCGGAGAGCAACGUGACGGAAGAUCAAGAGCCGUUCAUGGGCAUCAAGGUCCGUAGAAAAGCCUCUCUCCAUAGAGAUUACAGGGGUGACUAUCUUGAUCUGCCUUCACGGCCCCACCUCAUGAAGAUUCUCGAAAAACAAGGUGACAAGAAAGUUUUCUUUGCGGAUAGAGUUUUGAAGUUCACAGGUUCAGGAAAGAUGAAACAGCGUAUUCUCCUAAUUACUGAUUUUGCUAUUUACAUAGUUGAUCCGGAGACUGAUGCACUCAAAAGGCGUAUUGCCCUCGCGGCUGUCGAGAAGCUUUGUUUGAGUGAACUUAGCGAUAAUUUCUUUGCCAUUAUCAUCCCAACUGAGUAUGAUAUACUCAUGGCUAGUACUCGGAAGAUGGAAAUCGUGACUGUGCUAAUGGAAGCUACCAAGAGUGCGUCUGACUAUGAACUUGAGGUGUUUUUAUCCAAUAGGUUUGAGUAUCAUGCAGCUUCUGAUCUGGUGAAGGAAGUUCAAUUUGAGCAAGUUGAAGGUGGUGUAAAAACAAGAAUAGUGCGGAAAUGAGCUGCUUUAGUUUUGCUGUUUCCUGUUCUGGGGAGUUCCAUCUUCUGAGGAAGUGAGUUGCUUUAUUCAAGCUGUUUUUUUCCGUUUGUUUGAGACCUCCAAUGGCAUAGCCCACUGUGCAGAGGCCAUUGAUUCUUUUGUCAUUGUAUGUAUAUUUUCAGCAUUUAUCCCAACCUUACCAAAGAAUGUAGCACAUUAUUGUUUCCAUAAAUGAAGUUGUGUAUAAUUGUUUCAACAGCAAACAAUCUGAUAUGGAUAUACCACUUCUGAUCAUUUUGAUGUUCUUUGAAAUAAA